CCAAUCAAAAUAAAAAUCAGUGAAGAAUGGAGACAAGUUCAAAUCUUUCAAGUGGACCAAAGAAAUCUUAGCUAUGUACUUAAAAAACGACAAUUUAGGGGUGUAGGAAGUAGCCUCUCUUCAUCCUUGCUCUAUUUGUACCAUCACCCCUCCCAACAAAAGAUAAUCUGACGGCCAUCAGAGCUGAACAUGGAAGCAGACGCCUCCACACCAACUGUCCGAGCGACUGUUGUCCAGGCCUCCUCUGUCUUCUAUGACACUCCUGCCACUCUCGAUAAGGCUGAGAGGUUAUUGGCAGAAGCAACUGGAGAGGGUUCCCAGCUGGUUGUGUUUCCAGAAGCAUUCAUCGGUGGUUAUCCUCGUGGUUCGACUUUUGGUUCUUCCAUUGGGAACAGAACACAAAAGGGUAGAGAGGAGUUCCGCAAGUAUCAUGCUGCAGCCGUUGAUGUACCUGGACCUGAAGUUGAUCGAUUGGCAGCAAUGGCUGGAAAGUAUAAGGUAUAUCUAGUAAUGGGUGUGAUAGAGAGAGAUGGGUACACUCUCUAUUGUACUGUACUGUUUUUUGAUUCUCAAGGUCAUUACCUGGGGAAGCACAGAAAAAUCAUGCCAACAGCACGUGAGCGUACAGUUUGGGGAUUUGGGGAUGGAUCAACUGUUCCAGUUUUUGAGACUCCAAUUGGAAAACUCGGUGCUGUCAUAUGCUGGGAAAAUAGAAUGCCACUACUAAGAACAGCAAUUUAUAGUAAAGGUGUUGAAAUAUAUUGUGCACCAACUGCUGAUGCCCCAGAAACAUGGCAAGCAACAAUGAAGCACAUUGCUCUUGAAGGUGGCUGUUUCGUCCUAUCUGUUAAUCAGUUCUGCCGUAGGAAAGAUUACCCACCUCCUCCAGAGUACACAUUCUCUGGCACAGAAGACGACCUGACUCCAGAUUCUGUUGUCUGUCCCGGAGGCAGUGUCAUUAUAUCACCCUUGGGAACUGUUUUAGCAGGACCAAACUAUGAUGGAGAGGCUCUGCUCUCAGCAGACCUAGAUCUCAGAGAAAUAGCACAGGCGAAGUUCGAUUUUGAUGUGGUCGGGCACUAUUCAAGACCUGAAGUUCUCAGCUUGACCGUGAGGGACCAUCCAACAAAAGCAGUUAGCUUCACAUCAGCAUCUACAAAAACCUAAGGCUCAGCGAAUUUCCAGAAAACGAAGAUGUCGGAGAUACGGGUACUGCUGUAUCUUCUUUUAUUGGCAAAUCUCUUCUUGCAUGAAAAGUACCUUGUGAUCGCCUGGCUAUUAUCCAAUGGAAAUUCCCGUAUCAAAUGAAAUAGUUGCUUGCUUUUCAAUCCUGCACUCGUGAAGAAUAAAGAAUCUCGUCUUUGGACAUCUGUUGUUUCCGUGUUGGUGUUCGAGGGUUAUAAAGAGAUAAUAAAUGAACAAUUGUACAAGUAAUAAUCAUCGUUGCGUCACCUUAUGGUGAGCAUUUGCUAAGUAACCUUAAAAGUGCCUAUAUCUUGUAUUGUAAGUUGUAACAAGGCUUUGCUUGAUGGUUAGAUUUCAUGGCAUGUACCUUCCGGAA